CGAACACUCCCGCUCUGACAGACACCCGACUCCCAUCCCCGACCCGACCGCCGACCAGGACCGCGGCCUCGUUGAGGGCUUCCUAUCGCGCCUGUUCCAAGACCGCUUCCUGACAAGCAGCCCCGCAGCCUCCGACGCCCCACCAUCGCAGCCACUGUCAAACAAUCUCGUGCCUUUCUUCCCAGCCGACAGCGUCUUCGCCUCGCGCCAACACUCCGUCCAGCAACCCUCCGACCAGCAACCCUCCGAAAGCGGCCCCGAAAGCCGCCCGUCCCGUCGGCGCAGUCUGCUCGCCGCGGCUCUAUCAAUGCAACGCACCCACCAUGUCGUGUUUUGCGUCGAAGACACCGUCGGCCUGAAGGACGACAAAUACAGCGUAGGCGUUGUAGACCGCUCCUUCACAGACGUCGACACCCACGAGCCCCGGCCACAGCGCGACUAUGGCGAGGACAUCGAACGCCACGCCGACAUCCCGCCGGCAGAGUUCCACAAGUUCAUGAAGACCGGCAUCCCACCACGAGGCACAGUGCUCGUAUCGUGGCAGACGCAGCUGAAGACAGAGCUCAUACCGGAGCCGCAGUUGCAGUUACUCGACCGGGCGCUGUACGUGGGCGAUGUGGUCAAGAGGAGGGCGGAGGACCACAUGAGUGGCACAGUCAUCGGCACAAAGGCCGUCUGCACUCUCUUCCCAGCAACCCAGUUUCAAGGCGGGCAAAUCACGCAAGCAACUACCGACGACCUCUCGAUACGGAACGUGCCCGCCAACGAGCUGCUCAACGUCCACGACUAUGUCGAGGGCGCCAUCGUUGUCUACGGCGACUGGGUGGGGCGCAUCGAGAACGUCUACGACGAAGUCGCUGUCAAGCUGUCGAACAACUCGGUCGUCGUCGUCGAAGACCCCGGAGAGCUGGAGCACGAUGAGAUCACAGUCGAGCGCCUUAGCGUAGGCGACACUGUACGCACGAAGAAGGGCAACCUGCGGCGAGGCCUCUGGAGGUACGGUGCUUUCGACCCGAACAUCAAGCCUGAGGGCAUGAUCGUCGAGACAAGGCCUCUCGAGAUCGACGUACAGUGGCUGGCAAGGAGCAUCGGCGCCCAAGAUACACAGUACGCAGCAGAGGAGCCGCCCGCAAACCUUGGCCGAGACGAGUUCGAGAGCCCGAGUUUCUGCCGAUAUGAUGCCUCCGCUGGCGCCGCAUCGACGCUUCCACUAUCAGCCAACGGAGCAGAUCGCACCUACCACGUCACAGACGUAGCGGUUGGCGACCGUGUACGCUUCAAGGACCUUGCAGGCGCGGCUGUCAAGUACGAUGGGACCCACACACUACCGAACGGAUAUCCGCAGGGCAAGGUCACCCGACUAUCUCGUACAGAAACACUCGGGUACGACAUGAACGUCUUUCUCGUUAUGCAAACACACACCCAGGUCACAGUGCAAUGGCAAGACCUGACCAUCACCGAAGACGUUAGCUCGUCGCUCAUACCAGAUCCGAAUGUCGAGGACGACGAUGAGGUGUGGCCAGCUGAGAUCAUUUGCAGCAAGGAAGACAGGAGCAGCGAUUUGCCUGAUCAAGUCGGCCAAUGGAUGAAGGAGCCCUCGAAAGUAGGCGUGGUCCAGGCAGUGAAGUCGCGAGACCGGAUAGCAAGCGUCCGCUGGUUCAAGAACCACGACAUCAAGUUCUUUGGCGCUGAUCUACUGCGCCCUGCGACGACUGGCGAACUAUCCGAGACCACCGAGGAUGUCAGCCUCUACGACAUAUAUUCGUCUCCAGCCUUGACACGGCGAAGGGGCGACUUCGUUCUCAUCCAUCCCUCUGGUGUACAAGGCCAUAUGCCACGUGUCAGCGGACCUGAUUGGUUCGGUGAGGUCGUUGACCUCGGCCUUGAUGGCAAAGUCACAGUCCGUCUCGGUGCUGCCAAUCCCGUCAUCGACAUUAGCGUGGUGUACGAGAGCGUCACCUUGGCGUACAGCACUGACAUGGACAACGAGUUUCUCAACAUGCAAGAGCUGGACGGCGACUCGAUCGAAGACUCGGAAGAAGACAUGUCCGACUUUGACUCCGCUUCGUUCAACGAGAUGUGGAUUGAGUACGAAGGCAUGGAGGGUGAGCCGCCCGUUGGGGACGAGGCAGACUGGUCAACAGAAGACGAGGAAGAGGCAGAAGAGGAUGAUGACGAUGAUACCUCAAUGCCUGAUCUCGAACCUGUGGAUGGUGUGGACACUUCAAAGACAACACCAGACCCUGUCGCAAAUUCAGAACCAACAAACUCGGGACUCGACGCAACAAACGGUGCAGCACCUGAGCUGCAGGACAACGCAGAGUCAUCAACAGACGCACCGGCACCGUUCCUCAUCCUCGACACCCCACCACCAUCAAGUCACCACUACCUGCACAACACAUCGGCCUCCUCAACAGCGUUCAUGCGCCGCAUCGCGAAGGAGCACAAGAUCCUGCAAAGCUCUCUGCCACCGAACAUCUUCGUCCGCACCUGGGAAUCGCGCCUCGACCUUAUUCGGGUCCUGAUCAUUGGCCCGAGCGACACGCCUUACGAGUAUGCGCCCUUCGUCAUCGACUUCCACCUCGGCUCCUCAUAUCCACAAGCACCGCCCGAGGCCUUCUUCCACAGCUGGACAAAUGGCAACGGGCCUGUCAACCCCAACCUAUACGAGGACGGCAAGAUCUGUCUCAGCUUACUGGGCACAUGGCACACAGAUGAGCGAAACGAGAGCUGGAGCCCCGCGAAGAGCACGUUACUGCAAGCCCUUGUAUCGAUAAUGGGGCUAGUGCUUGUCAAGGAUCCAUACUACAACGAAGCUGGCUAUGACGUUCAGCGUGCGGCGCCCGAGACAAGACUCAGCUCUGCGCUGUACACAGAGCGCGCGUAUUUCCGUGCAAGAGCUUUCAUCAACCACGCACUCAGUAAUGACAUCGCGCCCUUUGCGCACGAGCUGCAGUACUUGUACCGGAGCGAUGCGCCUGACGCACCCAAGCUUCUCGAUAAAGCUAUCGACGCAGCAAAGGACGUGGUCGAGCGCAGCACCAAUUCCGGCGGAGAGGGCGAGCGUGACGGCCUGCGGACAAUCAGUUUAGGCGCUGUUGUUAUGCUAAAGAGGCAGGUUGAGAAGUUGGAGGCACUCAAGCAAGGCAAUACACCUGCCUCGGUCGACGCAUAGACGGUGUCCUGGCGAUAUAUAGAUUACUUCUUAGCGUUUGGCAGGAUAGAUACUCCUCUUUGGCUCCAUCGCCAACGCGUACUGCGCGCGAC